AAGAACCUCCACUGAUUAUUGUGCACUGAUUUGAACGGAGCUGGUGUUUCCCACGGCUCCUGAAUGCAGCAGCAGUCACCGGGCUGCUGUCAGCAGAGCAGGCUGCCAAUCUGUGUCUUUAAAGGACGCAGCAGCACAGGCCCCGCUGAAAGAGGCUCCCAGAACAACCAGUCAUCCUCCUGCUCCACUUCUCUUGUUUUAUCUCUUGGCUGCUGCUCUAUGGUGCCUUUAACAUCUACUGGUGGUUCAAGAAGAAGCAGGUGCUCUGCCUGGAUUGUCAACCUUAAGUUAACUUAACCCACUCUGAGAGGCAGCGUCGCUAUUGUUUGUUUGUGUGCUUGCUGUCACUUCCGGACGAGUCUGCUCCUCAUCGCCGGAGGAGGAGGAGGAGAAUUUCACCGGCAUCGAUGCUUCGAGCUGGAAGGAUGGAGGAGUUUGUAACGGAGGAGGAGGAGCCGUGGUACGACCAGAGGGACCUGGAGCAAGAUCUGCAUUUGGCUGCGGAGCUCGGCAAGACUCUGCUGGAACGCAACAAAGAGCUGGAGGACUCUCUCCAGCAGAUGUACAUCAACAAUGAGGAGCAAGUGCAUGAGAUAGAGUACCUGUCCAAGCAGCUGGAAAUGCUGAGGGAGAUGAAUGAGCAGCAUGCCAAGGUGUACGAGCAGCUGGACGUGACAGCCCGAGAGCUGGAAAUCACUAAUGAGAAGCUGGUGCUGGAGAGCAAGGCUUCACAGCAGAAGACAGACAGGUUGACUGGCACCAUGGAGACACUGCAGAGUCAGGUGGACAGUCUCACGGCUCGUGUCGAGGAGUUGCGGACUCUAGAGGAGCUGAAGGUGCACAGAGAGAAGAAGGAGCGACGCAAGACCGUCCACUCAUUCCUGUGCCUCAAGGAGCUCUGCACUGCUCCCAGAUAUGAGGAUGGUUUCCUUUUGGCCAACCCUGGGAGUCUAGACCUGGUGGAGCAGCAGCCUCUUGAUGUGGAAAAUGAUCGUCUCAGAGACAUUGUAUCGUCCCUCCACUCAGCCAUGGCCUCAGAGCGAUCAAGGCGUGAGAGUGUUGAGCGGGAGUGUGCUGCGGUGCUGCAGGAGUUUGAGCAGCUGGAGCAGCGCCUCCUGGGUGCAGAAGGCUGCAAGCUGCGGGUCCAGGAGCUUGAGGCUGAGCUGCUGGAGAUGCAGCAGCUCAGGAAGUCCAGAGUGUGUCUCAUCGGAGACAUGGAGGAUGGCUUAGAGACGCUGCUCAGUAAUGGCCCUGAGACGGACACCCCAGAGGAGGAAACUGGACAGGAGGAUGGAGGUGAAGGAGCUAAUGGAGGGGCCGGUGGACCUGGGCAGCAGGGGGGAGGCCCGGUGCGGAAAAGCUGCAGUGACACGGCCCUGAACACCAUCUCGGCUGUCUCUGGAAGACGCCAGGGUGGGUACCCCCAUCACGGCAACGGUGAGCGCAAACGAGGCAUGUCCAUCCUGCGGGAGGUGGAUGAGCAGUACCACGCUCUGCUGGAGAAGUACGAAGAGCUCCUGGGGAAGUGCCGGCGCCACGAGGAGACUCUGUGCCACGCCGGGGUGCAGACGUCACGACCCGUUUCUAGAGACCCCUCUAUGAAGGAGUACAGCCUGAUCUCAGCAGAACCUUCCACAUCUGGGGCUGGUGUCACACCUCCUCAGACUCCCUCCACUCCAGAGGCACUGGAGGGGAUCAGCAGGCAGGUGGAGCAGGUGGACAAGCGGCUGAGUCAGAACACGCCAGAGUAUAAAACCCUGUUCAAAGAGAUCUUCUCCCGGCUGCAGAAGACCAAGAGGGACAUGAACUCCCCGAAGAGCCGAAAGACUCACAAAUAAACUCACCACUAAGAAACUAAAUGCACUGAGAAAACUACAGCUAACUUACAAAGUAUGACCUCACAGUUCAACUGCUGAAGUAUAAUAGCUACUUAUUAAUGUAAAACUGCCAAAUGUUAUUUCACUACACUGAGUGUCUUUGACAGGCCAGAGAUCAGAAAAAAAAGGUGGUUUUGUGAUGUUUUUGUAACUGAGGUGUAAGAGUGAUUAUGACCAAAUGUACCUAAAGCAGAAAGCGUGAGGGACUUUGGAUGCAUUUACUGCAUGUACUUGUUUAUAAUAUCACUUAUUGCUAAGGAAGGAAUAAAUAAAAUCACAAGCUUUAAAAUGGAA